GAAACGUACCAGUCUUCUGCUGCUCCACAAUCCUCCCAGAUUUUGUCUUUUUCCUUUCUUCCUGAGAAAUCAAGAAAACUUUACCAAAACACCUAAUUUAAGGUUUUCCACCUUUUCUAAGUAAAACAAUCACACACACACACACACACACACACGUCUUCCAUUGAAAUGGGCAUGUGGGAAUCUUUUCUCAAUUGGCUUCGCAGUUUGUUCUAUAAGCAGGAAAUGGAACUUUCCCUGGUCGGCCUACAAGAUGCCGGAAAGACAUCUCUUGUUAAUUCCAUUGCCACAGGCGGCUACAGUGAGGACAUGAUCCCGACUGUUGGCUUUAAUAUGCGGAAAGUCACCAAAGGAAAUGUGACAAUAAAGCUUUGGGAUCUUGGAGGGCAACGUAGGUUUCGUACCAUGUGGGAGAGAUAUUGUCGAGGAGUCACUGCCAUUCUGUAUGUAGUUGAUGCUGCAGACUGGGAUAGCAUUCCGAUAACCAAAACCGAGCUACAUGACCUAUUGAUGAAGCCAUCUCUAAAUGGGAUUCCAUUGCUUGUUUUAGGAAAUAAGAUAGAUAAGUCUCAAGCUCUAACCAAACAAGCAUUGGUGGAUCAACUUGGCCUUGAUACUAUUACAGAUAGAGAAGUCUGUUGCUACAUGAUCUCUUGCAAGGAAUCUAUAAACAUAGAUAUGGUGAUUGAUUGGCUUAUCAAACACUCCAAAACCGCAACAUGACCAAUUUAUGUAUGCUUAUGACAUGGGAUCUACAAGUAUGUUUGUCUGGAUGUUGCCAUAUAUUUUAGCAGGCCAUCCAUUUAUCUUUUGAUUGUGAAAAUUUGUUUGAUUAGUGUAUAUGGUCAAUGAUAUGUAUAUUUAGAAUUCUUCAUCCCUACCAAUGAUCAUGGAAGUUCAGAUUA